GGCCGGAAUUCAGCACAACUUUUCCCUCACCGCGAGCACCUGAAGAAACAGAUCCAAGUAUUUGCUCAAGCGAAGUUUUGAAAGUCACAAUCUUGGCAGACGAGUGGAAGUCACUGAAAGGUGGAUUAUCGACUUUGAACAGGGAACUAGCCAUUCAUCUAGCAAAACGUCCCGAGGUUCGAGUCACUAUCCUUGUCCCUCACUGUGCAAGUGGAGAGGAAGAAAAAGCAGCAGCUGCGGAACACUGUAUUACUAUUAUUAGGGCCAAGAAACUUAUUGCAUGCCCUUCCCUUGUAGAAUUGUUUUUUCCACCGAAAGACCUUCGAAUUGAUGUAGUAAUUGGUCAUGGCGUGAAGCUUGGUCAACAAGCUCAGAUUAUUAAAGAAUCUCAUGACUGAAAGUGGGUUCAAGUGGUUCACACUGCUCCGGAUGAACUUGGUAUGCACAAAGACUAUCCGAAAGCUGUCGCACAAAGUGAAGAAAAGAACCAGCGUGAGGUUAGUCUUUGUGUAAUAGCUGACCUUGUCAUGCCAGUUGGGCCUAAAUUGAAUAGUUUCUACUCCACCCAUCUACGAUCUUUCCACAAAGACCAAGAUGUUGUGGAAUUUACACCGGGAAUCAUGGGAGAUCUAACUGAUGUAAAGCAGUCACCAAACGAGAAUGACGAGUUUCAGGUCCUCAUGUUUGGGCGUGGUGAUGACGAGGACUUCAAAUUAAAAGGUUACGAUAUUGCGGCUAAGGCGUUUGCAAGUCCUGAGCUGAAAAACGAUUCGUAUCAUCUCACAUUUGUUGGAGCGGCUCCAGAAAAGCAAGACGAAUUUGCAGCGAAGAUUCUCAAACAUGGCAUUUCUAAAAACCAACUGUCUGUCAAAGAAUAUGUCAAGGACAGAAAUAUAUUAAAACAGCUGUUUCGUCGUGUGGAUCUGGUUAUCAUGCCCUCAAGAACAG